AUGGUUACUACUACUACUACCACCACCACCACGUUACAAUGGCUCAAACAUUCUUUAUCGCCUUCCACAUUAACUUCGUCACGCUACGUUCCUCGACAUAAUAACAAGAAGCGACAAAAGCAACAACAUCCAUUUGAUGCCCUUCCUGAAGAGUUGACACUGGAGAUCUUUGUACAUUUGGAUUCGCUGAGCCUGUAUCGGGUCACCCAAACAUCUAUGAGGUAUCGACACAUGAUUUCUCGGUGUAUCAAUCUAUGGACAUGGUUAUGGUUUGAUCCAACGUUACCACUUGAACGUCGUGACCUCUAUCGGAUGUUAUGCUUUUUGGUGGAACACCAUGGAUUACAUGAGCAAAUUCGAGGUGCACGUUUUGAUCGUUGUACCAUUGACAGUACCACGCUUGAGCGAGUCCUCAGAUACUUGCCACGAUUAUCAACACUCUCAGUGGUUGGGUGCCCUCAUCUCGAUUGUUUCCAAUUCUUAUCCAUCCUCAGACAUACAACAGCACCUCUUGGACCUAUGAAUUAUUCACUGCCACCAUCACGCUUGCUACCAAGUGGACCCUUAUUGCAACAUCUUACACGACUUGAAAUCAGGGGGUUGUUUCCAAGUGAGCGAGGCAUCAUGUCAUACGCACACGAGAUUUACUGCUACACAUCCAUCCGACGUCUCCUGGCAAAAAACAACAAUGCAGCACGACAACGCGCACGUCGCAUUUCUCGACGUCGUCAUUUCCAUGCACGUGUAUUGGAAGGAUUUGAGGAGGAAGAAGAGGAUGAUGACGUGAUGAUGGAUGAUGAAGAUGAAGAUGAAGACGACGAGGAUGAUGAUUUGUUGCUGUAUCAUCAAUUUUGGCUCCUUUUGCAACAGCCGUUGUUUCGAGCAUCCCCUGAGCUCCUGGUACUACCAUCCACAGCAGCUACUUUUUCAGCACUCAGCUCUAUCACCCAUAGUGCUAUCACUACUACUAGUACUACAACGUCCACUGUGAAUAGCAUCAAGAAUGGGCGUAAUGUGGGUAACAAUGGCAAUCAACGUCGUAGUAUUGAAAUGGAUGUACAACCAUGCUCACACUGCCAUCGUAACGUGACUCAACCCACUCCUGCGUCAUGCACACUAUGUGGCGAUCCAACUCUCACGCCUUGUGCACAAUGCAUGUGCUAUCACUGUCGUCGUAUCUUGUGUCGCUCAUGUUUUCGUUUACGACGUGGAUGGCGUGUCCUUCGUUGUCAUAAAUGUCAACUUGCACGACGCGUGUGUGAUAAUACCGAAUGCAUCGUAUCCCUUCAUAACAAUAGCAGCAGUAGUAGUCAUGGCAACAAGUCGAGACCAUGGAAACGACGUGGACAUGGUAACGGUGGUGGUAGCAGCGACGAUACAAUACCCGAUUUUUAUUGUGCUUGGUGCAUACAAAAGAAAAAUCCAAGGCAACGAUUACCAUGGAUUCGACGUCUAUUGUGGAUGAUGCCUAAUAAGCAAUCCUCUUCUUCAUCCAUCUUUAAUAAUCGACCCCCCUUGUAUCUCAACAAUUGA